CUUUGGAGCCCAGCAUAGGCGACGUUAUCAGCUCACAUUCACACCAUUCUGUCUUCCCUUCUCGCCCAACCGUUUCUUCAUCCGAACCCUUCCGUUCGUCGCUCUGCGUUCAACCGUCGAACGAUGAUUAGCUUAACGCCGAACUUCACAGCUCGACUCUCUCCCAUCGCGCUGCGACGUGUUCCUGGCGGCCUAUGGAGAACGCCGCUCACGUUUCGACCUCCGGCGACUCACAGGGCAUCGGGCAGAAUCGUUUGCAUGGCGGAGCCCUACCUAAUAACAAAGCUGGAAUCUGCCGAGAAAACGUGGAAAGAACUAUCGGUCAAGCUGGCUGAUCCAGAUGUAGUCUCAAAUCCUAGUGAAUACCAAAAGUUGGCACAAUCUAUGGCGGAGCUUAAUGAGGUUGUGUCAACCUACAGGAGAUUCAAGGAUUGUGAAAAGCAAUUAGAAGAAACAAAAGCUCUAGCGAAAGAAGAAGGUGGCGAUGAUGACAUGGCAGAGAUGAUAGCUUCUGAGAUUGAAACCUUGUCCAGUCAACUCCAAGAGCUGGAGGAGAAGCUCAAGGUAUUGUUGCUUCCUAGUGAUCCCCUAGACACAAGAAAUAUAUUGCUUGAAGUGAGGGCCGGUACUGGUGGUGAUGAGGCUGGACUUUGGGCUGGUGAUCUUGUACGAAUGUAUGAAAAAUAUAGUGAGCGUAACUCAUGGAAGUGCACCCCAGUUUCAAGCUCUGAGGCUGAAAAAGGAGGAUUCAAGACAUAUGUCAUGGAGGUCAAAGGAAAAUGUGUCUAUAGCAAACUAAAAUAUGAGUCUGGUGUUCAUCGGGUCCAGCGUGUACCUCAGACAGAAGCUCAGGGCCGUGUUCAUACAUCUACAGCCACUAUAGCUAUUAUGCCAGAGGAGUGUGUUUGCUUAUAUGAAUAUGGCAUGGUUCAUAAACUUCACCUGGUUAUUGCAAAUGCUGCCUCUUUUCUUCUUAUUCUUCAUAAACUUGAUGUGGCUGAUGAAGUUGAGGUGGUAAUUGAUCCAAAAGAUAUAGAAUUAACAACAGCAAGGUCUGGCGGGGCUGGAGGGCAGAAUGUCAACAAGGUGGAGACAGCUGUUGAUCUUGUCCAUAAACCAACUGGGAUCCGAAUCUUUUGCACUGAAGAAAGAACUCAACUCCAGAACAAGAACCGAGCUCUUCAAUUGUUGCGAGCAAAAUUGUAUGAGAUUAAAGUAAGGGAGCAGCAAGAAAGGAUAAGGAACCAGAGAAAAUUGCAGGUGGGUACAGGUGCUCGAGCUGAGAAGAUUAGAACAUACAAUUACAAGGACAAUAGGGUUACUGACCAUCGACUCAAGAUGAACUUUGAGCUCACUUCAUUUCUUGAUGGUGACAUUGAGACAGCAGUCGAGUCUUGCUCGGCUCUGGAACAGAAGGAACUACUGGAGGAACUUGCAGAAUCGGUGGGGGCACCAGCUAGCUAGCUCAUCUCGCCUGACAUCCAUCCUGAAUGGUUCCAGUUGCAGGGAGUGGGGUGUGAUGCAGAGGCUUCCGUUCAUUCGUAAACCUGGUAGGUUGUUAGAUGACUGUGAUGAUGUCGAGCUAAAAUUAAAAAAUCUGUUCCUUUUAUGAAAGACGACCUGUGUCCAUGACUAGGGAUCCAUCGAUCGUCAAGACCUGAUCCUAUCUAUAUAGGAAUUUUUUGUUUGAAUUCAUUAUGGCCAUUGGAUUUCUUGAAAUCAUCUUUUAAAUUUCUAUCCGUAGCAGAUGCUGCUCUGUAUCUGUUCGUUCUUUAAGAUCUCUCACAAACAAGGAUUACUGUUGUUUCGAUGAGUAAAAUACAUUGUGGCUUAUGAGAGAAUGGUUUUGGAAUUCUCGUAUCAAUGCUUAGAUGCCAUUGAUAACUACAACAAAUCCCUGCCUUAUCUUGAAUGAAUGGAAGAAUUCUUGUAGAAUUAAGCGACAACUUACCCUUUUAAUUACUUAUUGCAUUUUAAAUCAGAAAAAAACAAACAUUUAUAAUUUCAAUAUAUGUUUAUUUAGUAGUGUUUAAUCUCAUUUACUUGUCUGAUAACUUGAGGUGGCAGGUAUGUGCAAUUAUUUUUAUAAUAAUAAUUCAAAACUCUAAUUGAGAGAUAGAUAGAUCAGGAUGGUUGUAUUAAUUAAUUAUGUUUGUGUUAUAUAUAUAUGUUAUUGUUUAUAUCUUUUAGUUACAGUUUGAUAUUUCUUUUAAUAUUUUGUAAAGAAAUAAAUUUCGACCCGGUGAGAAGACUUCUGCAUUAAAUUAAAAUUUAAGCUAAAAAAUAUUAAAUAAAAUUAUUUUUUAAGACCACAAUUGUCAUC